GUGACUCCGAAAACCUCAGGGACCCGGGAAUGGACGCCCCCCCUGGGGAUGUCGUGCUGCGCUUGGCUGAGCUGGCGGUGAGCUGCACCGUUGACGCCACUGCGGACCGCCCAACCAUGGCGCACAUUGUCAACGAGCUACAGGCUGUCAGGGAGGAGGUGGUGGGGAGAGAGGAGUUGAGUGCAGCGACUAAGGUUGAUGCGCAGGUGGAGAAGAUGAAGAAUGCAGAGGUCAAUGUGCUAAGCCUGGAUGCAGAGUUUGACUUCGUCAUUCACCAGUUCGCUUGA